AAUAAAUAUAGAAGAAAUCGCAUAACAAGAUGGAGACGCUAUUGAAACGUAUAUGUCUUGUUCUUGCUCUGUGUUGCUUAUUCACAGUAGAUGGAUCUUCCCAGGCGACAAAGAAAGACCAUUCUAAAACAGCCUAUCCAAAGACACCACCAAGACCUUCUGAUUGUGAGAGCUUCGAGAAAAUUGAUGUCCAUCUAACAUUACAGAACCAACUACAGCCAGAAUACUUCGAAUACAACGUCACUCUACAUGAUGUACCGAAGCAUCAACUGAUUCGUCAUCUGGAGCUAGCUGCAGAAAAAGAUAAACAUUUCAAAUUUUCAGCAACUUAUUUUGCUGGUCUGGGAUAUUUUAUUGAUUCGAUCAAUGGAUUAUUCGGUAAAUGGAAUCCCGACAAGACCUAUUGGGAAAUUUUGAAUUCCCAUUUGGAACAGACAGAAUUAGGUGUAGGUAGUUAUGUACCUACUCAUGGCGAAUUGGUGACUUUUAACUUUACAAGAAGCACAAAAUAAAUGUCGAUAACCCAUGAUCAUAUAUGAUACGCAAACUACAAAGAUAUCGAUUUGUAAUUUACAAAAAAUUAUAGCAAAACCUGUUGAUCGGGGGGAGGGAGGGGGGGGGGG